AUGUCGAAACGAACCGUCUUUACAACUUUGACACCCCUCCCUGCGGGGAUCAGUCGGGAAACUGUCUUGGAAACCCUGCACGACCACCUCGAAAUGAUCGAUCUCAAUCCCCUCGUCGAAGAGAGACAUCUCAUCAAACCGCCGCCAAAGUCUACCGCUGAAGAAUACCACUGUCAAUGGUAUUCUCUCACAGACCGAGUCUCAUAUCUACCAGGAGGGCUGGCUUCUGGAAAAGUCACCUAUACUGCAUGUUUUCACGACCUUCCGGUAGGACUCCAGACCCAUGUAUAUGCGCCAAUGGGCUUGAACAUAAAAAACAAAUGGUCGUUGGGGGGAUCACUACCCGGAGAAGCAGUGGCGCCAGUAGAAAUGGGGGUGGGAGCACCAUUGCAAGGACUAUGGAUCAGAGAAGAUGUGGACAUGAAGUGCAACAUCAUGAUGACCAGCUUUGUCAAGAAGACAUUGAAGAAGGCACACGCCGCUCUAGUCGACCGACUAUCAAUCAAGGCACAAAUUGUCGACGCAGCUCUGAAGAACCAAGAAUUGAACAACACUGUGCCAUCCCACGCAUCUUUACGAGCAUCAACCCGAUGCGCGCCGAGUACAUCAGACUUCGAUUCGCAGAGCCAUUACGCCGCGUCUCCCCCAACCUUCAACCCAUACCCACACAGCCCACCUCCACAAUCCGAACACCCCGCCUUCCGCGAUAGGACGACAGAAACGACCAUGACAUUUCGCUCUACCCAAGACCACUUAGCACCCGCAGCUCCCCCACAUCUAGCCAGAACGGCAGAUCGUCGUAUCAAGAUUACUCGAUGGGAAACCAAAACGCAGGCGCCAGGGUUUCCGUACCUCAAAGCAAGUCCUUACCACCACCGAGACUCGUUCUCGCAGCUCUCUUCUGAGGGAUCACCACACCACGUACAGGGAAGAAGGGAGAGCGGAAGACAGGACCAAAAGAGUAUGUUUGGGUAUCCAGGUCCACCUCCACCACCAAAACCGUAUGGCGCGGUUGAGUUGGAAUAA